UUCUGAUCAACCCAAAGCUAUAUCUCAGCCUAAGCCAUGGUGCUUCUUAUGGUGGCCGGUGCAGCCUGUGCUGGGGCUUUGGUCGGUAUCCCCUGGUACUUGGGCGCAUUCCGAAGCAUCAAAUUCACCGAGACCAGGACGGAGCCGUCGAUCUUUCUCUUCAUCAAACACGUAGGGCCCUACAAAGAUACGGGCAGCAUCUUCGCAAAACUCAUUCCCCUGCAACCGACAUUGGGUCUGCACAACAUGGCCAUGAUGCCAAUGGAUAGUCCACAACACGUGGAAGCUGCCAAGCUUCGAUCGAUGGUUGGAUUAUUACUCCCUGCCAGCCGAGCAUCUGAAGUGGAGGGCAUCCUCAAAAAGAUUUCGGAAAGUGGACUAACAAUGUCAGUGCGCGAGAUCAAGGCCGCCAGAGCCAAGCACACCUUCUUCCCCUUGCGAAGUUCACUUAGCUUCAUGCUGGGACCCAUUAAGGUUUAUUCGGCUGCAUACACAGGCUUGGAUGCGCUACCCUGCGGGUCAGUUGAGGUUUAUCACACCCAGCAAAUCGAGUUCAUUUUUGCCAUGGAGAAUCCUGAAGACUAUAGUUGGCCAUCAUGAACAGAGAUAACAGAGAUUCAGAAGUGUUGAGAGGCUUUGAACAAGACACAACGUCAUUUGAUGUCAUUUGGAUUUGCCUCGCAAUUGUCGGGAGCUGGGGUUUUCAUCGAUGCCACAUGGCGGUUUGGCAAAAAGACAGUUUUGCUGCCAGACAGAUGCUGGGUAACACUGCCAGGCAUGACUAUCGCUUCGAGAGAAAA